GUUCCUUACUCCCGGUGCAGGCAUACAUCACUGUAUUAUGAGCCGUUCAUCCCGGGAGCUUCGAGAAAGGAAAAAUGAGAGACAGUAAAUAUGAGCUUGGGAACAUUUGUCUCAGUUCGGAAGCACAGUUGGGAGCAAGGCUAGUCAGAGGGAAAGGCUGCGGCCCGUGUCUUUUCUUCAUUCGAUCGAUUUACAUGUGUAAAGGUCUGACUACGGGAGACCAAUUUGCGUACUAAACUCAAUCGCCCAUCCUCACAUCUUGUCACAGGCUCACAGCCCGAUUUUCUGGACUUACUAGUACUUAUCAGAAUUUCUGUGCCGCCAAAGUGAUUCAGAGCACUGAACUCAUUUUCUCUGUGUUACUCAGGCUGUUCGAACAAAGAUGCAGCGCUGGAUCCCGGAAGUUGUGCAGCUUAUUUUCGAAUAUGUCUAUGAUCCCUUUCGCACAAAAGAGGAUAAAGAGGGUCGCGCCACGGUUGCCAGUUUAGCGAGAACGUGCCGAGCGUUUAGAGACCCUGCCCUGGAUGUCUUGUGGGCUCAGCUCCACUCGUUGGAUGCACUCGUCCUCUGUUCUGGUGGAAGGCGGGAUGGCAACAACGAAUUAAUCUGGGAUCGUGCAUUGUACGAUGCGGACUGGCGCAUUCUCGCGCGUUAUACAGGGCGCGUCCAUGCGCUGACAAUCUCACCUCAAUCAGAUACAUGGGACAUCACCACCAUGCAACUUCUGAGCUGUCAUCCCCUUCUAGGACCCCUCCUUCCGAACCUCGCAGUGUUGAGUUGGCUAUCUAAUCGUGAAGACUUCUUCCCUUUCUUGCGUUGUUUCUGUGGGCCCAAUUUGACCACCCUCAAGUUGUCACCCACCUCGUGGAGUGUCCGCAAGUGUGCCGUUGUUGCAUCGCUUGCACCAUUGUGCCCUUUGCUUAAGAAAUUCUUAUGCAUUGACGCGGAAGAUUCGUCGAUGCAAGCAGUCAGCGAAGCAGUCGUGGGCUGGAAGAAGCUUCAAGUGUUGCUGGUUGGUCCUUUGGAUGAACAGGCUUUGACGCACGCCAGCUCUUUGGAAACCCUUCAAGAGUUGCGUUUCUCUGUUUCAGAUCUCAAAUCCCCGGUGUUGGAAUUUUGCUCCCCCCGUGCUACGAUCACAAUCUCAACACCUUCGCCCUCACUCUUUUACGCAUUCGCCCAAAAUGUCCAUUUCUCGACUCCACGUCUGCGCCUUGUCUGCCAACGCUACGAUGAAAAAUUCCCCAAAGAUUUCUUCUCGCGCCUAAAAUCAUGCCUCAUGCAUCCCGAGGAACUUCUAGAGCUGAGGUUUGGUGUAACAAGAAAUGGGUUGAUCAUGCUCAACUCUCGCGUGUUGCAUCCAUUCCUAUCAUUCAAGGGACUCAGCCACUUAGACCUUGGGAGUGCAUGCACCGCUAUGGAUGACACUUUCCUCAAAGAGAUGGCCCUGUCUUGUCCACACCUACAGCGACUCUACUUGGGUCACCAGAGAUGCUGGCACUUUAUUCCGUUGCUGACUUUUGAGGGAGUCACAUCUCUCUUAAUGCACUGCCGUCAGCUGUCCUCUCUCGGAAUUUUCUUCGGUGCCACUUUCAAAAGUGACACCGUAUAUAUGGCCCCGGUCGACGCAGUCAGUCCAAAAAUUACAGAGUUUCUUGUCGGUGCAUCUCACAUCGAUGAUCCUGUGAGGGUCACAGGAGUGCUGUCCUUUCUAUUUCCCAAUGCAACACGCAUAGAUCAUUGGAUUCCCACGAAAUCCGAGUCUAGGCUGCUACAGACAAGGAAGGAGAAUUGGGAGGCAGUAAAUAAAAUGUUCAACGUAUUUGUCUCAGCUCGGAAGCAGAGUUGGGAGCAAGGCUGGUUAGAGGGAAGGGCUGCGGAUGGAGAAGGAUGUAGUAGUGUAAAUUUUGAUUAUGUAUCGUCCUAA